CGAAGACAUAGUAUAAAACAUCAUGGCCUCAAUUCCUGGGGGAAGGCAUCCCAUGGUAUCAAAAAUAUCAUACCGCCAUCAUGACUUCUGCGGGCAACCCAAAAGAUUCUAUGAAAUCCACAUGGCGUACCGGCAACCGGGACGAAUGGGGCCUCAGCCACUGGCUGCUGGAGCUGCUCAAUGCUCAUCCCGUUGCACUUGAUCAAGAAGUGCCGGUCCAUUCCAAGCAGGAGAAGCUACCUUAUAUGCCCCAGUGGUCUCUUAACCUCUGGGUUCUCGUUUAUGCGGCUGUUCCGCUCGCCAUCAACCAGGCCUACAUCGCAUAUAUGGGCCACAACCUCGGCCCAUUUGCCUUGUUCAAUCUGUACUUCUUCUCGUUCAACGCGACAGUCAUUCACCAAGUUAAAAUGCUUCGUCGCCUCGGACAUACCUAUGGCUUCCUUGACGGUGACCAGCACGAACGCGACGGUAUUCCCGAUGUUGGGGUGCGGAAAGUUACCGCCUCGCUCUACAAGACGACCGGCUCACGCUUGGUUAUGGCGAUCUAUCUAUCCUACUACGACCAAGCACCCAUGGCCAUGGACUGGACAUGGCUCCCACUAAUGAUCGGCCUCUAUGGCAUUGUGCUUGACUUCUGGUUCUACUGGUAUCACCGCAUUAUGCACGACGUUAGCUUCCUCUGGAAGUACCAUCGCACUCACCAUCUCACGAAACACCCCAACCCCCUCCUCGCCGCUUAUGCAGACCACGAGCAAGAAUUCUUCGACAUGGUCGGUGUGCCGUUCAUGACCUACAUGAGCCUUAAGUUCAUGGGUCUUCCUAUGGGCUUUUAUGAGUGGUGGAUCUGCCAUCAAUACGUCGCGUUCGCGGAGGUCUUUGGACACAGCGGUCUUCGUGUCCACAUGACAGUGCCAUCAACACUGAGCUGGUUGCUGCAGUGGAUGAAUGCCGAGAUUGUCAUUGAGGAUCAUGACCUUCACCACCGCAAAGGAUGGAGGAAGAGUCAUAACUAUGGCAAGCAGACUCGCCUGUGGGACCAGAUCUUUGGCACGUGCCAUGAGCGUAUCGAGUCUGCUGAGGACAACGUUGACUAUACGAAGUCUGUCUAUAUGCCUUUGUUCUAGACUGCUGCAACCAGAACCUUUUAUCUCAGCUCUCAACUUGCCCAUAACCGGGGAUU